UCUCUCAAUGAAACUGAUACGUUGCGUGAAUCAGUGAGAUUUCCCUCCGACAAUGGCUUCAACUUACCGCGAUCGCACGUCGGAGUUUCGAUCACUGACGGAGACUCUCAAGAAAAUCGGCGGCGGAGGAGGCGGAGCCACUGCACCGCCGAAUCAACAACCGUCUACCUCUCAAAUUUCCUAUUCAAGAUCCGAUUUCAACCGAAAAGCAUCACAAAUCGGAUUAGGAAUCCAUGAAACCUCUCAGAAAAUCGCCAGGCUCGCUAAAUUGGCGAAGAAAUCGUCGAUGUUUAAUGAUCCGAUAAUGGAAAUUCAAGAGCUGACUGCAUUGAUUAAGACUGAUAUAACGACGUUGAAUUCGGCUGUUUUGGAUUUACAAAAUAUUCAAAAGAUUGAUUUAGCUGAUGAGAAUUACUCAGAGGAUAGAGUUGUGCAUUCCAAUGCUGUUUGUGAUGACUUGAAGAACAGGCUCAUGGGUGCCACAAAGCAUCUUCAAGAUGUUUUGACUACUAGGACAGAGAAUAUCAAGGCUCAUGAGAAUAGGAAGCAAAUAUUUUCCAAGAACCCUUUACAGCAUCAGCCAAAGCCAACUACUGAGCCACCACCUUGGUCUAAUUCAACAAAUGCAUUUGAAACUGAGAGUUUACAACAAACAUCAGGAUUGCCAUCAAAUGGAAUUCCAGCUGGCAAUCAGCUAAGACGAAGGUUAGCUGUGGAAAACACUCCAUCCCAGCAAAUGGAGAUGUCUCUGGUACAACAGGUUGUUCCUCGACACGAAGACUAUGCUCAAAGUCGGGCAAGUGCUCUGCACAAUGUGGAAUCUACUAUUACCGAACUUAGUGGAAUCUUCACACAUUUGGCUACAAUGGUUGCCCAUCAAGGAGAGCUAGCUAUCAGGAUUGAUGACAACAUGGACGAGUCAUUGACAAAUGUUGAAGGAGCUCACAGUUCUUUAUUGAGGCAUCUCAACCGAAUAUCAUCAAAUAGAUGGCUUAUGAUCAAAAUAUUUGCCAUUUUGAUAUUUUUUCUGAUGAUCUUCAUAUUCUUUGUGGCCUAAUGUACCAAUCAUGGAAGUAUUUCUUCACGACUUAUUUGGAUUCGGCUUCAUCCUGCUGUGGAAGCAAAUUUGCCAAAGCAACUAAGUGAAGAGGCAUACAUAUGAGAUAUGUAUCCUAUUUACAUGUAGAUCGGGUUCUAUGAGCUGUAAACUUUUUGGUUUAUGUAUUUUGUUGUUUGCCAAUCACUAUAGGUGUUAUUAUAAAUGCGGCGCCAUGUAAUCCCCCAAGACCUUUUAGGAGUUUGAAUCCAGAUUUGGCAAAGAAAUGUCAAUUUAGAUAUAAAUCAUCGCGAUACCGUUGUGGAGGUGAGGGAACUUCUUUUAGAUGCAAAGAGACAGAGAGGAGGGAGAAUGCAAUAUAGGCAGUGUUUCUAAUUACUGUGGGGCGCGUAUUUCCACAUUCUUUGUAAGUUACCGAAUUGAUGGGUAACAUACAAGUAUUUCUUUGUUUAGCUGUGUGUAUAAUAUAAUAAGCUUGCGAAUACUGUAAUAUCAAAAUUGAUUUCUUUGUCUAAGUAUUGAUGUAUACCAAUUUUUUAUAGACCAUUCUUUUGGUUAA